AUGUCAAGAGCAACAUCAGAUGAUCAACUGAAGUUCCUCCUGAGCUGUGUCAGGCAUUCCAACAACGGAAAGGUGGAUUUCGUGGAAGUCGCCAAAGAGUGUGGCGUGGUCAGCAAAGGAGCGGCAGCCAAACGGUAUGAACGACUCAUGAAAGCCAACGGCAUCCAUCCUAGUGGUGGUCAAGUCGACGGCCCUCCUCAGAAAGCAUCAACACCUCUGAAACAGAAGCCAAAGGACUCGCCGGACAAGGCGCCUUCGGCGAAGAAACGCAAGACCGACAACGCCAACACCAACACCAACGCCGGAACUGCGCCCGAUCCUGACAGGAAUGAGGAGUACAAUCACAAGCAACCUGCAAUACCCAGUCCCCGGCCUGAAGCCGUGAGCCCUGAACCGCCUGCUGGAGUCUCUGUCCCGAUGAGUAUGCCUCCAGCAGCUGCUCCGUUCUUCUCACGACCCAUGCAAGGGUAUAUGUUCCCAAACCAGAGCACACGGCCAUCCUUCUCAGCCUAUCCCCUUCAUGGCCACCCACCUCAGGCUUCUUCAAUGUCCCCUGGAAUGCAUGUACACGGUCCGUUCGCUCUUCCUAUGCACGCUCCCAUGCAUUUCGCAGGCCCACACCGCAAUAUAGCCGGUGGAUUCGACAGAUAUAACAACCAAGAGGUGCUGUACCAUCCGCAACCGUUGCCUCUGAGCAUGCAGGCAGCCAUCUCAAACGAGACCUUGCCGGCAACUUUGCCCCCACAACCCCAGGAGAUAGAACCUUUGUGUCAACCCAGGAAGAGUCCAUUGAUGCCGGAACCGAGAGAGGAGCACCCGGCGGGGCAUGUUGUUAUUGUCGACUGA